AUGACCUCAAAUAGUAACAGAUCGGUGUUAAUUCGGUGUCAAAUUAGGGCAUCGCCAACUCGGGAUUCCUUGUGUAUAAAAGCUUCAUUUAUAAUAAACAUUAAUAAUUGCUUUCUUCUCCCCCCACCUCUUUCUCUCUCCUUCCCCUCUCUCUCCAUCCCUCUCUCUUUCCUUCCCCUCUCUCUCCCUCUCUCCAUCUCUCUAUCCUUCCACUCUCUCUCCAUCUCUCUCUCCAUCUCUCUCUCCUCUCUCUCUCUAAGUUUUCUCUUUUCCCUCCCUUUCCUCCCCCUUUCUCUUUCCUUCCCCUCUGAAUCUCUCCCCCCUCUCUCUUCUUCCCUCUCUCAACCCCUCUAUCUCCUUCCCCCUCUCUCUAUCUCCCUUCCCCCUAUCUCUCCCUCUCUCUCUCCCCUCUCUUUAAAAAUUUUGCUUCCAUCCCUCUCUCUCCUUUCCAAUCUCUCUUCCCCCCCCUCUCUCUCUCUCUCUCUCUCUCUCUCUCUCUCUCUCCUCUCGCUCUUUCCCCUCUCUUCCCUUCUCCUUCUCUCUCUCCUAAAUUUCUUCCCGUCUCCCCCUCUCUCCCCUCCCUCUCUCUCUCUAUAUAUAUAUAUAUGA